UAAGAUUGGUUGCUUUCCUUGAUAUAGUAGAUAUACAACUGAUAUUUGCUUCAUUCAGAUCGAUGAGAUUGGUGAAAGGAGAUACAUCAGUUACCACGAGUUGAUUGAGAAUGUAAACAGGGCUGCUAACUUCCUCCACCAUCAUGGUAUCGAACAAGGAUCACAUGUAGCCAUGUGCUUAAAUAACAGCAUGGAUUUCAUAUACAUGCAAAUCGGUCUGUACCUGAUUGGCGCAGUUCCCGUGUUGCUGAACCCUGGCCGUGUAGGAUCCGGCAGUUUUCCUCGCUUCAACUGCAACGCUGUGCUUGUCGACAACUGUCACUAUGCCCACGUUCUGAGACUAUUCGACCAUUUCGUUGGAGCAAAGCAAAUAUUUGUCUUCACAAACGACCUGGCAAGCUUGUACAUUCCACAUUUUGUCUGGAUUAUUGACGGAUCUGGUUACGCGGACUUCCCCGCCGACAAUCACGUUACACCUGCUGAACAGGACAGCGACUGGGACGUUGUUGCCUUCUCUACAAGAUGCUGA